AUGGAACAUGGGCAAGAGCAAGCGUAUCGCGGCGGCGAGCUCACGAGAAGCGGGCGUACAACACCGGUCCUGGCCUCCUGGGGCACCCGGUCCCGGACUCAUCCAGCGCCGGUAAUCGAGACGGAUUACUCGCGUGCCCGGGAAUUACGGAGAUCGGGAUCGAAGGAAUCGAUUCGAUCUCGACAACCCAAGCGUUUGCAAGCAAUCAACGAAUCGAAGAUUUGGUCAGAGAACGGCGGAAGGAAUCGAAGGAAGCUGAUACCAGAUAGGCGCCAUGAAUCCAGACUCCAAGCUCCUGCUGGACGAGAUGCAUCAUCUCUUCAACGAGCAGAAGACCCAGUCAAGGACCGGUUCGCUGAGGCGGAUCGGAAGCUGGACUCGUGCUUCACCGACAGCAGCCGUCUCCUGGAGAAGCGGUUCACGGAGGUCGAUGACUCCGUCACCAAGCGCCUCGUCGACGUCGACGACUCCCUCAACAAGUGCCUGACCGAGGUCGACGACUCCAUCACCAAGCGCAUUGCCGACUCCGACCUCUCCUGGGAACGCCGCAUCACUGACUCCGAGCUGCGCCAGAACAACCUCAUCGCCGAAGCGGAGCGCCGUCAAGACGACCGCCUCGCUGGCGUCGUGAAGGCGGCGGGCGCACUGGAGAGCUGGCACCAGGAAUCUGAAGGCGAUGUGGAUGAUCUCAAGCUGAAGGUGGACAAACUCACCAAAUAUUGGGAUCGAUCAUUCCUCGACAACGCUUCUGGCGUCGACAGGGUUGAUCUCCCCACCACCUUCGGCGUUGGAGCAGACCGCCGCGCGUCCUUCUGCGGGUAUCACGGCUGCUCGGCCCAGCGGGCACCACUACGAAUCGACUACUACGGGUGGAUGUGGGUCAAAAUAUCCCGCAUGAACUUCAAAGGUUCCACUGCCCGCUGGAUUGAAUCCAUUCCCCAACCUGAUCGUAUUCCUUGGCCUGAUUUAUGCAAAUUACUGCAUGAACGUUUUGGCCAUGAUCAGCGGGAUCGGCUUGUUCACCAAAUGUUCCAUAUUAGCCAAACCUCCACUGUCACAGACUAUGUCGACCGUUUUUCAUCCCUUUUUGAUCAACUUAAAGCUUAUCAGCCAAAUCCUGACAUGCAUUACUUCACAACUCGAUUCGUGGAUGGGUUACGAGAUGACAUCCGGAGGGUUGUUACUUUGCAGCGCCCUGCUACGCUCGAUACUGCGUAUUCCUUGGCUUUACUGCAGGAAGAGGUGGCAACUUCGGAACAGAGAGCUGAAAACAGCAAGAUGGGGUUCAGACAACAUGCCAAGCCGGCUUUGCCUUGGCAACGGCCACCGGCAGCUGAUGGGGCACCAGGAGACAAGCCACAAGCAAAAGGGCCGGAUGAUAAGCUCUCCACCCUUCGCAACUAUCGUCGAGCCCGUGGUCUCUGUGAAGUUUGUGCUGAAAAGUGGGUGCGAGGCCAUAAAUGUGCAGCUACCAUUCCGUUACAGGCUAUGCAAGAAGUGUUUGAUCUGCUUACCAUGGAGCAAUCCACUGAAGAAUUGGAGGAAUCUUUCGAACAGUUGCUUCUAGCUAUAUCUCAUGAUGCCAGAAUGGGCUCCAAUGGUCACCGCACUAUCCGCUUUCACGGUACCAUUCAUGGUCUUCCUAUUGUUGUUCUGGUGGAUUCCGGUAGCUCAUCAUCCUUUUUGGCUGCUUCUAUUGCUGACCAACUUCCUCAGUUAGCCCGUGUGCCAGCACAAGCUUCGGUCAAAAUUGCAAAUGGGCAGAUUUUGUGCUGUACUUCAUCUAUUGUCGGCUGUGAAUUCUCUGUGCAGGGUCACACCUUCCAGCAUGAUCUGAGAAUCCUGCAGCUGAAUUCGUAUGAUUUGAUUUUGGGUAUGGACUGGCUUGAGAUUUAUAGCCCAAUGGAAAUUCACUGGAAGGCCAAAUGGAUUUCGUUACCUUCUGAUGGGGAUGAUGGGGAUCAGCUGGUGCUUCAUGGCAUUCCUUCCUCUGAAACUGCCGAGAUGAUUUUUAAGUUGCUGUCUGUCGAAGUUCAGUCAAAUGUUAAACAGUCAGUUGCCUUUCCUUCAGACAUUCAGCAGAUUCUAGAUGCAUUCCCAACAGUGUUCACAGUGCCGGAUUCUUUACCACCCAAGCGUGCUUGUGACCAUGCCAUACCUCUUAAACGCGUCGCCAAGGUGGGCACGGCGGUGCGCCUUCAAGCUCUCAUCAAGUGGUCCGGGUUGCCCUCUUCUCUGGCCACCUGGGAAGACAUGGAGACCCUGCUCCAGAGAUUUCCUCGAGCACCAACUUGGGGGCAAGCUGGUUCUUAUCGGGGAGGGGAUGUUAGCGGCCAUGUAUCUGCAGCAGCUGAGCAAGGAGUGGACGACGCCGGCCAAGCUGAUAUGGGCCGCGUCGAGGAGAGCGAGACCGCAGGCCCAUCACGCGCGUCCAUGGGCCGCAGUGGGCGUGACCGGCACCAGCUGGCGAGAGAGAGAGCCGUAGUGUUUUGGUAUAUGUAUUGGGAGAGAGAGACAGAGAGGGGAUUAUCGAAUACAUGA